UUGAUUGUGAUAUUUAUAUUUCAUUAAAUGUUUAAAUUAAAUAAUUUAAUUAUUUAUUUAUGUAUUUAUUUAAUUAUUUCAUGCAGGCGCCGGUGCACAAUGAAAUAAUUAAAUCUGUCAACAUUAGCCAUCAAACUCAGUGGGCGGGCCUAACUCCGAUCGAUGCAGACCGAUUGCUCCGGCCUGCAGUGAUUGUUUUCCUCAGUAUGGCGGCCCUCGUCAUGGAUCUGCAGGACAUUUCUCGGGAGUUGGUUAGAAAUAUUUUACGGCUAGCUGAGGAAAUUGAAUCAGGGGCUACAGCAACAGACUUGGUCACUGAUCAAAUACACGACUUUAUAGAGGUGGUAGGGCUACUUUCUGCUCUCUCUAAUCAAAGUAUAGACUACAGGGUAACUGCAAACUUUGAAGAAGUGCUCCAGCGCUUCUCCAUCCAAUCACAGCAAACUAUAGCAGGCCCAGGUCGCCCAGCCUUUCACAUCCCCAGCGGAAUGCUGGAGCACCAUGUUCUCUGUGGAAUAACAGCUCCUGAAAUCGCAGAGAUGUAUGGAGUGUCUGAGAGGACCAUCAGGAGACACAUGGAACGGAACGGAAUAAGAAAGACAGACCUCUAUUCACCGCUCACUAAUGAAGAGCUGGACCACAUUGUAACUGAUGUCCACAGAAGCCACCCAAACACGGGCUACAAGCUAGCGCAUGGUCUUCUGAAAGCCAGAGGUGUACGUGUUCCAAUCUCAAGGUUGAGAGACUCUUUUCGCAGAAUUGAUGCAGAGGGUGUGUGCAUGAGACGUCUACGGUUGCAUACACUAAGACGGCGGCAGUAUUCUGUGCCUGGCCCAAAUUACUUAUGGCACAUUGACGGCCACCAUAAGCUCAUAAGAUGGAGGUUUGUGGUUCAUGGAGGGGUGGAUGGAUUCAGUCGCUUGGUGGUUUACCUUACUGUGGCUGGCAAUAACAGAGCAAGCACAGUCCUGCAGAGCUUUCUCACAGCUGUGGAUGAGUAUGGAUUGCCAUCAAGGGUACGAUCGGAUAAAGGUGGGGAGAAUGUAGACGUUGCAGAAUUUAUGAUCAGGAGUAGAGGUACCAACAGAAACUCCCACAUCACCGGCAGAAGUGUUCAUAAUCAACGAAUUGAGAGGUUGUGGAGGGAUGUUUAUGAGCAUGCUCUAGACCUCUUCUACCAGAUCUUUGUCUCUCUGGAAGACCAUUCAGCACUUCACCCUGACAAUGAACUCCAUCUAUUUGCCUUGCAUUGGAUCUUCCUACCACAAAUACAGAGGCAUCUCAAGUCUUUCAGAGAUGCUUGGAACUUCCAUGGCCUUAGAACUGAAAGGGGUCAGUCACCACAACAAAUCUGGAGAAGAUACAGAGAGCAAAUCCCCACAGAAGACUCAACCGAGGUUAAUGAAGACUAUGGGAUUGACUGGAAUGGGCCUCACACCCUUCUUGACAACACUGUAUCUGUUCCAGAGAUCCAGCUGCUCCGUGAGCUCACUGACGAUGAACUUGCUUCUUUGCCAGUUCCAGGGGGGCCUUUGGCUUGCACAAUUGGCAUGUACUUAGAGACUGUUCAGAUUUUGUCAAGAAUCAUAGGAGACUGAAAUAAUUUGCUAUAAUUUAUU